UGGCGCGAAUUGAACGAAUGGAAGAAGGAAUAAUUCAAAUGUCAUUACAAAAUCUGAAUUUCUGUUUCAUAUGUUUUGUUAUCAAAAUAUUAGAAAAUGAGUCUCUGGGUAGAUAAACACCGUCCAAGGGAUUUAAUGAAGUUGGAUUUCCACAAAGAGCAAGCUGUUAGACUGAAGAACCUCGUCCAGCAAAGCGAUUUCCCUCAUCUACUUGUUUACGGCCCUUCAGGAGCCGGUAAGAAAACUCGAAUAAUGUGCCUUCUAAGGGAGCUCUACGGCUCCGGCGUUGAACGUCUACGCCAAGAAACUAUGAACUUCACUACUCCUUCAAACAAGAAAAUUGAAAUCAUGACCGUAAGUAGCAAUUAUCACAUUGAGGUUAACCCGACUGACGUUGGUAUUUAUGACAGAGUUGUUAUCAUGGAUUUGGUGAAGAAUGUAGCCCAAACGCAUCAGAUCGACUCAUCGGGACAGAGGGAGUUUAAAGUGGUAAUUUUAAAUGAGGUUGAUGACUUGACAAAAGACGCCCAACAUGCACUUCGACGGACAAUGGAGAAAUAUGUUGCUACUUGUCGUCUUAUUCUUAUUGCCAACUCCAUUUCUCGCGUCAUACCUGCCAUUAGGUCUCGUUGUCUGACUAUCAGAGUACCAGCACCUACAGAAAAUGAAAUUGCCUCAGUACUACAUACCGUUUGCAAGAAGGAAGGUUUGAGUUUGCCUUCAGAACUGGGUUUGAGGAUAGCUAAGUGUGCUGAUCGCAAUCUAAGAAGAGCCCUACUUAUGUGUGAAGCUUGUAAAGUACAACAGUAUCCGUUUACAAGUGACCAGAAAGUUCCAGAACCAGAUUGGCAAGUGUACAUAAGGGAAACUGCUAAAAUGAUAUUGUCAGAACAAUCUCCGAAGAAAUUAGGUGAAGUGAGACAGAAAUUGUAUGAAUUAUUGAUUCAUGGUGUACCUCCUGAUAUGAUCUUUGCCGGUAUGCUGAGAGAAUUGGUAAGGAAUUGCGAUAUGGCAAUGAAAUGUCAAGUGGCAAGUCAUGCAGCUAAAUAUGAACAUCGAAUGAGGCAGGGAAACAAAGCCAUAUUCCAUUUAGAAGCAUUUGUUGCUAAAUUCAUGGCUAUAUACAAAAAGUUUAUGGAGGAAUCUUUGGGUGAUGCAUUUUGAAAUUGUAAAUUCACAAUAAUUUGUUUUUUAAUUAAGAACUGUAACUUUAAAAUAAUGUCUGUUUAAUAAACAUGUUUUACAUAA